GGCUGAACUGCGCCCAUGGCGCAUGGGGAGUUUCUUCUUGUCGAUAUACGUUCAUAAUUCACAUCUAAUCACUUCACAUACGUUAUGAUUGCUAAUGGUCCUAAUGUCAUUUGUAAUUAUCAUACAUAUUGUCAUUGGUAAUGCAGUAGAAACCCCGGGUAAGAAAAACAGUAUGGACUCUUCCCCCCACUGUGUGGAAGAGUCUAGAAACCGGCAAUGCAGUCUGGGAUAGAUGCGUCGAAGGAGACGGACUGUGACUGCUGUGGGCUGCUGUGGGUGGGUGUGAGGUUGACGAAAGUUACAAUCUAAAUCCUGUAAAUGUACACAUUUACAGUCUUAGAACUUCACACGAUGUAGAAAAUUGCGAAUUUUACACGASAGAUCGUUGAUCUUAUUUGGAAUAACGAUCGUUUGUGUAGCUGGACUGAGCUCGWCAACGACUUCAUCGAUGUUUUGAUUUUCUGCAACGAAGCAUAUUUUGAUUUUCGGACAUUUGACCACGGAUUUCUCUUUGAGAAGAACUUCAAACAGACUGCAUUUAGAGUCUAGAUGCAUACAUACAGAUCAGUAAAUUACUGAAGGAUGGAUGAAGAGGAAAGGAAUUACUGCUUCUUGAUACUGCUCCUUUCAAGGGUAGGCCUUCCCAAGUUACGAGAUUUGUUCAUAAAAAAAUGGGAUUCUGCUGGAGGAUUUGUUUCUUGGAAAGAUUGCCGUCAGAAUGGUACAGAUUUGUUGACAAAGUUCACUCCACUUAAUUAUGAAAAACCCAAGGUUCAGUCAGGUGACACAACAACAUGGGAUUUGUCUCUUUUUGUCAAAGCUCUGUUGAAUUCCAGACCUCCAUUUGUGCCCAGCUCCAAGAAAGGUUUAGUUGCUGGAUUAAAAUGUUUGAAGGAAACCAGAAACAAACUUUGCCACUCACCAAAUGGAAAGAUUGAAAACUCAGAGUUUUGCAAUCUUAAAAGCGAUGUUUGUAAUGCAUUAACACAAGUUGGUGCUACAUCAAAAGACUUCAAAAAAUUAAAAAAAGAUGUGGAUCAUCAACCACUGAAUGAAUUGUUGUCACUGGUGAAACAUUGUGCAUCACAAGAUGAAGAAAUCCUUAAACAAAUAGAUGCAAUAAAACAAGGACAAGAAGAGAUCAAGCAAGGUCAGUCAGAUCUACAACAAGGACAACAAGAGAUCAAACAAGGUCAGUCAGGUCUACAGCAUGGACAACAAGAGCUCAAGCAAGGUCAGUCAGAUCUACAGCAAGGACAACAAGAGAUCAAGCAAGGCCAGUCAGGUCUACAACAAGGACAAGAAGAGAUCAAGCAAGGCCAGUCAGGUCUACAACAAGGACAACAAGAGAUCAAGCAAGGCCAGUCAGGCCUACAGCAAGAGAUCAAGCAAGGUCAUUCCGAUCUACAACAAGAGAUAAAGCAAGGUCAGUCAGGUCUACAACAUGAGAUCAAGCAAAGUCAGUCAGGUCUACAGCAAGGACAACAAGAGAUACUCAAAGCAAUCAAAUUUCAAGAUAAGGAAUCAAUAUCAAAGUCCUCAAACUUGUCAUGCGAAGAUGUCUUGUCUUAUUCUAAAAGACUGAAAACAUCAACAAAAGCUCAAACAGAAUUCCAACCAAAACUGUUGGCCAGUCAUGAUGUGCCAAGCACCAGAACAGAUGACAUAUUCACCAAUCUCAUGAUCCAACGUGAAUGGAAACCCUUGAAGAGAGUUGAAUUGCUCUCUAGAAGGAGACACCUGCAAAACUACAACAAACCAAGUGUUAAACACCAGAUUGAUAAAUGUCAAGACAUAUUCAUCAACCCAGAUCAUUAUGAAUCCAAUCCAAAGUCCAUACUUGUGAUUGGAAAACCAGGCAUUGGAAAGUCUCUCUUUUGUCAAAGGCUUUCUAGAGAUUGGGCUGAUGAUGUGUUAUUUCACAAAAGUCCAGAUGUUUCAAGAGUGGCAGCAGAUGAUUUUGACUUUGUGUUUCUAAUGACAUUUAGGCAAUUAAAUCUCUAUGGUGAUGAGAAGUUCAACUUCUGUGAGGUUUUAAAUCACUGUUCUGUGGUAGAUGAUCAUGCAAACAUCAAUGAACACUUGUUUGAGUACAUAAUCGGACAUCCAGAAAAGGUGUUGUUUAUCCUUGAUGGAUAUGACGAGUACUCCAAUCGAGCCAGCAUAUUGCAAUGCCCAUUUGAACAGAAGUAUGAAAACAACCCACGGCUUCAGAUGCCUGUAGCUGCUUUGAUAUCCAAACUCUUGAGAAAGAAGAUAUUUAAGAAUGCUGUAGUCAUGGUUACAUCAAGACCAACAGCAGCUGAUGAGUUAGGGGGAAUUCACAUGGAUGCAGUAGUGGAAAUAGCAGGGUUUUCUGUUGAACAAGUUAAAGAAUUUAUUUCAAAGUACUUCAAGUCAAAGAAGGAGGAAGUGAAGAUUGCUGCAAGAGAUCACAUCAUGAACAAUGAAAACUUGCUAAGCAUUGCACACAUUCCUGUGCUUUGUCACCUGAUGUGCUUUUGUCUUGAAUGGCAUAUUGAAAAUGGAACAGAGAAGUGCUUUCCAGCAACAAUAACUGAACUUUACUCUGAAGUUGUGGAAAUCUUUGAAGAUUGCUGUAAAACAAUUCAUAGAGCAUCCAAAGAGAAGAGUACUGUUAAAAAGCUAACAGAUUUGGCAGCUGCAAUGUUUAUGGAGGGAAAACUCAUUUUUGAUCAAAGAGAUGUUGAGAGAUUCCAUCUGACCUGCCCAGAGACAGGAAACCUGCAGUCUUUUGGUCUGCUAACAUGUGGCCCAGCAUUCAGAGUACGCCCAUCCAAGAUGACAAGACAUUAUUGUUUUUCGCAUCUUACACUGUAUGAGUAUUUUGCAGCUCUUGGUUUUGUGAAUAGUGGCAUAAUACCAACACUUGAAGCUGGAGAUGGCAAGGAGAUGGUGCUCAAGUUUUGUGCUGGUCUUUUCUCUGGAGUAGAAGAUGGUGAAAGGCUAAUGGAAGAGAUGAUUUCACCAUACUGCUGCUGCAAGCAUGGCAUGUUAGUGGCAAAGUGCCUACGUGAGUAUGGCGACAAAGAAUUUGGAGUUAAGAUUAUAGAAAAAUAUCACACACAGUUUAGUACUGAAAAAGGAGUUCUAUUCCAAAAUGAGCUACCUUUAAUUGAUAGUUCAGAUUGGAUAGCAUUGGUAUACUUCCUGGAUCUUGUAAGUCAGUUUUAUAAAGGUCUUGUAGACCACGCAAUAGAAUCCUUUUGCAUUAAUGGAUUAAAUAUAGAUGUCCAUCAGGUGUCAUCAUCUGUCAUCAAGCAGUUUGCUGAUUCACUAAAAAAUGAUGGCUGCCCUUUAACUUUCUUAAGUAUUAAUUUAACUUUGUUUAGUAAUUGUUCUUCUCAUCACAUUCUUGAGUGUCUUUUUCCAGCAUUACCAUCAACACACAUCACCGCACUUCACCUUAGUGGUCGAUUUACUAAUGAAGGGAUAUCAUCCCUUAGCGAUGUAUUACCAUCAACACACAUCACCACACUUCACCUUGGUGGUCUAUUUACUAAUGAAGGGAUGUCAUCCCUUAGUAAUGUAUUACCAUCUACACACAUCACCACACUUCACCUUUUUAGUGGACGAUUUAUUGGUGAAGGGAUAUCAUCCCUUAGCGAUGUAUUACCAUCAACACACAUCACCACACUUCACCUAGCUAGCGGUGGAUUUACUGAUGAAGGGAUAUCAUCCCUUAGCAAUGUAUUACCAUCAACACACAUCACCACACUUCACCUUGAUGGUGAGUUUACUGAUGAAGGGAUAUCAUCCCUUAGUAAUGUAUUACCAUCAACACACAUCACCACACUCAGUCUUUCAAAUUAUAUUAUCAUGUACAUGUAUUAUUCUUCUAGCUACUUUACUGAUAAAGGGUUAUUGACCCUUGGUGAAGUAUUGCCAUCAACAUCUAUCAAUUCUCUUAGUCUGGGUAGCAGUGCAAUUACUGAGAGGGGCAUAGAUCAACUUAGAAAAUCAGCACCAGCAUGCAAUAUUAUUAUAAUUGAAGAUAAUAGUCUUGGUUGGUAAUUAUAAUAAUGGUAACUGUUUUUAUUUUAAUCCAUAAAACCUCAGUAUUUUAUGAUUGCUAAUAGAAAUCAUGAAAGAUAGUUCUUUAUCUAGUGAUUUGUAAUUGUAUCAGACUAAAGGGUCCAUGUGUCCUGUUAUUGUGACUUCAAACUCUACUGUUUCAUCCUCAUCCUAUUAAAAGAGACAUGAUGGUUAGUUAAAGCAACAGACUUUGGGUUUACAGUAUGGGUUUGAUUCCCUGACCUGGCGAUCAUGUCUCAGUGUAUAAAAUAAUAAUAAUUAUGUAUAUUGUAGUUAUAUUGACUGAGUUUGAUUGGGCCAAUUAAUUAAACCAAAAUAUUUUGCCCCAGUCAUGCUGUGAGGACUAAACACAAAUUUUUCCCAUAUGGUCCGUCUAAACAUGGUCAGUAUUAAGCACUUUAUUAGAGCGGAUUUCGUAUGAGUGGGAAACGGAGGGUACUGUACUGUGACCGUAAUCGUGCUGUAACCAAAUUCUAAUGCCCGAUUGGUUCACCAAAAUUGUGAAGGCCAGGUCCGGUAACUGUGCGGUAACCGUGCGGUAACGGUGUCCCACUCAUACGAAAUCCUCUCUAUGUAAUCCAAUGUUAUGAGGGAGUAAAUUGACAAAAGCAUUAGUGAGGUAGCAAAAAAAAAUGCUUGCAAUUACAGCAUAAAUUCUUCCUAUGAUUUUUUCCCGGGGAAAAAUGUUUGAACUCAAAAAAUUUGUAUAAUUGCUGUAUUCCAUUCAAGCUCAGCUAAAAGAUUGAAUUUAAGGACAUCAUGUACAGUUAUAAUAAUUAUUAUAGUUACAUGUGUAUCAUUAUAAUUUUCCAAUAAACGUUUUCAUUUAAUGAUUU